GAUGGGAUGCCACGCACGGCAUCCAUCGCAAGAGUGCUCCCCUGGCAAAGGAUGUCACCAGUGUCCUCCAGGAUCUCCCUCCCGAGACGGAGGCGUACCCGAGCAACAAGGAGAUCUCGUUGACCGCCGCCGAGAAUUCAGCACUGGCCCGGCUGGAGCAUCUUCGACGUCUUCGCAAAGAUGGAAGCAACAAGACAACAGGACCUCAGGCUACGCUGGUGGAGCCGGCGAACACCGAGGACCAGGCGAAGACCAAAGACCAAUCCAGCAAGAACACCGGGGACCAAGCGAAGACCAGAGACCAAUCCAGCAAGAACACCGGGGAUCCUGUGAACAUGCCUGUAGGCCAGCAGUCGACAGCAUCCAGCCCCAUGUCUCCAGGCACGAUUGUGGCACCCGGGUCGGAAGGCUUCGAGACCCAGCACCCAGACAGCAGAGGAGCUGGAUCAAUCAUUGUGAAUGCCCAGGGUGACGAAAGUUCUAAUUUCGUGUCCUUGCUGAACACUUCCGAGGUCGAGGCCUUUGCUGAUUACCUGACUGCCCAGAAGGCCUUCGAUUACCAGUCGAUGGAGGAACUCCUCGGAAUGAUGAAACCUCGGACGUUUGUACCGGGAAGGGCAUCUUCAGUGCAAGGGCGAAAGGCUGGAUUUGCUAUCGUCUUCGGCCUGUAUGCUCAUGGUUCCUACUAUGGGUGCACUCGAGCCUCAAGAAUGUACCCCGCGAUGUGCCGUUAUUUCAAUUCGUGUCUUCGGAACUUGCAGUCCGAGACAGUGAUGCACUGGACGUCUGUGAGCGUGUUAGUGAAUAUGAAGGGCUCGAUGCACUUGGACGCCCACAACGACGCCUCAUCCUACAACCUGGCUGUGGGACUUGGCCCCUACGAAGGUGGAGAGCUUUGGGUGGAACUCCGUGACGGCGAUCCUUCCGAACCGCAUCUUCCGCUCUCAUGGCGAGACCUUCCUGGCGGCAAGCGAGCCCCUGGCCAAGUGCACCCUACACGAUGGCGUCCUACGACCUUUUCUCCAAAGCGCUACCACAAGACCCUUCCAUGGACCGGGACCCGGUACUCGGUGAUUGCAUAUACUGCUCGAAGUUGGCCAGAUGCUCAGAGGGACUCCGAGGUACUUCAUUCACUACGACAGCUUCAGUUCCCUCUCCCGAGCACGGCACGACCCCUCCAUGUGGGAGAGGAAGCCGUGAACUUUGAGGAGGAGGCCAAUGGUGAUGGGGACCCCGACGGUGUUCAGGAGGUGGAGCAGCUCACUCUUGAGGAUCGCUCUGAGAUCUUGGCUACCUACCAGGACUUCGAGGGCGCCUUGAAGGAGAUCUUCAUCGAGUACCCCAACGAGAAGACCACCAAGGUGAUCAACCUCUGCACCCCAUGGUUGGACCCUUUGUCCAUGGAACAAGUGCUGCAAGAGCAGGAGUGGAAAUAUCAGGGAUUGUCCCACCAAGAAGGGUGUGACUUGUCCACUCACUCGGGUUUUCUCUCAGCCCGGGAACAAAUCAACCACCUGAAGCCGGAGUGGUUGUGGUGCCAUAUACCUCGCGGCCCCACGCAGCUGUUUGCAGGAGAGCAAGGAUGGGAUGAUCCUCGGCGAGCUCUCAAGGCCAAAGGUUACUUAAAAGUGUUGCGACAAGUCCUUCUCCUCUCUCGGGAUCAUUUGAUCAAGGGAGGAAAGCUGAUGUGGCUGAUUCCUGCUGACAGCCUGGCCUCUUCAGUCCGCGAGGUGCAACGGUUUUGGAGCUUUCAUGGCCGAGGCUCCUCACUUCAAGUGGCUCCUGAACCUCAGGUUUUAUCCAAUGUCGUGGAGGUGGCCGACCUCCGACCGGGGAAUUCCCCCAGCAAGUUCUGGACUUCAGUGACUACUAUCUCAGAUGUGGCGACGGCUUGGAUGUUGGACUCAGGAGGAGACACAGUCUUCCCUGUGGACACCAGCUGCCUCAACACCCUCACCUCCUCGGAGUUGGAACGUCUGAUGCAGCAUGUUCAUCAACUACACCGGCGCUUCGGACAUCCUUCCAACCGCCUCCUGGUCAAGAACCUCCUUUACCGCAAUGCUGAUGAAAAGGUGGUGGCAGCGGCGUCCCAGCUGGAGUGUGAUGAGUGCUUGGAGUCCCAGAUCAAGAUGCCCUCGCCAGCCGUGAACUUGGAUAAGUGUGAAAAGCUGUGGUCAUGUUUGCAGGUGGAUGGGUUCCACUUACGUUGUGGUGCCACCGUGUACCACUUCCUCCUCAUGGUGGACGAGGCCAGCGGCUUUGCAGUUGUGCGGGAGAUGUUCUCCCAGCCUGGUUUCA